CUGGUAAAGCAUUUUCACUGUACCAGAAAAGGCAAACAUUAGUGACGUUCCUGGGUUGUUUACAAUUUUGGGUGACUGAAAUUUGGGCAGACUGAAAUUUGUUGUCUGAUAGUUGUUUGAAUUGACGGAAGGAUUCUACUUUUAUUGCAGAAUUCUUCAUCUCAUUCUAUUAGCAUUUAACACUGUAGCUGUUAAGAGCCUCUCAGCUGUUUCUGGUGGUAGUCAAUCUGUUUUUUCCAAGAAAGAAAAUUUUGAUGCUGUUCUGCUUGUUGCAAGCCAGGUGACUUGGUUGUCCCAAAGCUAGAUGUACUUAUAUGGAUGAUUUCUUCCCAGCUAAGGAGACACACUCAGAAAUCUGAAAACAUACAGAAAAUAAACACUUUUUGCUAUCUUCACAUACAAAUCUUUCCCAGGCUGGCUUUGCUCCCAAGUAAUGUCUAGGCUUUAUUUUUUGGCCUUGUGCUUUUUGUAGAAAACCCUGCCUGUGAUGGUAGCAGUUGUGGAGCAACUUGGUGGUGCAUUUGGCGAAUCUGGUCUACUGGUUCUACCUUGUGUUGCUGCACAUUUACUCCAGAUUAUCAUGGACUCCUUUCUUGUUAACUUCUGGCUACGAAAGGAUCUUUCAUCAAAUAGUGUCAAGGCGGCCUGAAAUACUGAGAACAAAGACCAACUGAUAACCAUACUUUGAAGAGGCAAUAUACCUUGUUUGCAGAAAUGAUAAAUCCAUUCAUUGUUAUGGAUAGAAACAGCCUAGCGAAUCAAUUGCAUCAUCUGGCCACCCACCCUCUUUAUUUAUGUAUUUAGGUUUUGUUAGUAAGUACUGUACUGUGUUGUAAUUGUUGUCUCUUUCUUUUCUUUUUUUUUUUUUAACAUAGGAAAGGUUUUUUGUUUUUUCUUUUACUACCUUAAAGGUAUAUAAAAAAUAAUUAAAAUUAAUUAAAAAUU